AUGACUUCAUCUCAGAACGACUCUAACAUCGACCACGACGUACGCUUUAGACAUGAAGUCUUGAAGGGGUUUGCAGAAGACCUUCAAGACUUAGCAAGUAACAAGGAGAAGCAAGAUCUUCUCGUAUCUAUCAAGAGUUUUGCUUUUCACUUUAUCAAAGAGCCACUCAAAAGGCCAAUGGCUGACUUCCCCAAGUUUGAUCUUGUGUAUAAAGAGCUUUACACUGGGCAGCAUAUCGUAGGAAACUGGGAACCUUAUGGUUUUGCACGGAGUUUACAGAUGUUCUGGGAAGAGAUGGUGAAAGAAGGCUCAGAGGCUGAGUUGCGAAGCCUUGCUACUUUCUCUGCUAAGAUCUUAGCUGCUGGUAUAUGCGAAGAACAGAUCUCCUCAACUGCUCUUUGGUAUAUGUGCGAGGCUCUUGAGACCAGCGACAACUGCAUUGCCAAGUUUCUGCCUGACGCAGUUGCAUGGAUGGAGCUGUGUCCUCACGCGUUGCUCAAGGACUGCGUUCUGAAAGCAGACAAACAGCAGUCGUCACUGAAUCUUGGCCCCCUUGCGCAGGGCCAGCGCGUCGAUGAGGCCAGAUUCAGCAUGGCACGGUGGUUGUUUUGGAGACGUCGCUUCCAAAAGCUUAGCCAUCGCCCCGAUACUCCACUUGCGCAACUUGCCAAGAAGGGAUUCAUGGCUAUGAUCCAUUGCGGCCGAGAUUUUGAUUACAGUGUCCCAGGGGAAGAUGUGUUUGCUGAAAGACUACAGGCCACUAUGUGGGCUGAGCUCGUCAAGAGUGGAAAGGAAAGCCUGGAUGGUGACGAUGUCGAUAUAGACCCUGAUUGGGUUGAUGGAGAGAACUAG